UACAACCACCCUAAAACUUUCCUCACCAUCAAAAACCACUCCUCAACGAACCCGCUUCAAUAGACCAUACAUACGAUGGGAAAGCUCAAAUCAGACUCAAAGAAGAACCAGCGCCAUGACCCGUUACUGGUCCAACUUCGAGACGACCAACUGGGUUCAGGGAAACUGUCAGCACCUGGUCGACGACAGAAGAGAAACAAGCCCGAGGAAGAGAGGAACCUAGCACUAGAUGACAAAACGUCCAAGAAAAUUUUAUCGAUUGCCAAGGAACAGCAGCAAGAGAUGCUUUCAUCUGAGCAACAUGCUGAAGGUUUUCUCUCUGAUGAUGAUGAUGAUGAUAAUGAUGAUUCUGAGAAACCAGCUUUUCGCCAAAGAGAGGUUGAUAUGGGUUCCGAUUCCGACGACCAGUUUGAGGGUUUUAAUGAAGAUCAAGACGGCGAUGAAUCCGAUGGAUUUGACGAGGAAAUUGAAGUCGAUGAGGGGGAUCAAGCCAUAUUGGAUUCAUUCCGAACCACUCCCUCGAGAAAUUUGGCCGAUUUGAUUUUGCAAAAGUUGGAAGAACAGGAGGAUAAACAAAAAUUAUUGGACGCCAAAGGCAAAGCCCGUCAAAUUUCACCUACCGCAGACCAUCCAGCUUCAUUAAACCCAAAGAUCACGGAAGUUUACACCAAAGUCGGACAACUUUUAUCCAGAUACAAAUCAGGCCCAUUGCCAAAAGCAUUCAAGAUCCUACCAUCACUCCGAAAUUGGUUACAAAUCUUGGAGAUCACCUCUCCUCAUUCCUGGACCCCUCAUGCGACUCUUGCUGCCACUAGGAUCUUUGCUUCUAACCUCGAACCUCGUCAAUGUCAGAAGUUUUACAAGUACAUCUUGUACGAGAAAGUUCGAGAAGAGAUCGCCGAGGAGAAGAAACUAAGUGUCCAAAUGUAUAUGGCUCUCAAGAAGUCGAUCUAUAAACCGGCUGCUUUCUUCAAAGGAAUCCUUUUCCCAUUAUGUGAAAGUGGAACGUGCACGUUGAAAGAGGCGGUGAUUAUCGGAUCGAUCUUAACGAAGGUCUCUAUUCCAGUCUUGCAUUCGGGCGCAGCGCUCUUAAAACUAUCGGGAAUGGAAUACACGGGGCCGACCUCGGUGUUCAUCCGGGUGCUUCUAGACAAGAAGUAUGCGCUACCGUACAAAGUGAUCGACGGGCUUGUCUUCCACUUCCUCAGCUUCAAACGCGAGUCGAGACAGAUGCCCGUGCUCUGGCACCAGAGCUUCCUCGUCUUUGUCCAGCGCUACAAGUCCGACUUGACUCGCGAACAGAAGGACGCCCUCCUCGACCUACUCAAAAUAAAAAAUCAUCCACUCAUCACGCAAGAAAUCCGUCGUGAAAUCGUCAACAGCGUCGCUAGAGGCGAAGAAAUCCCAUUCGAAGAUGUCGAGAUGAUCUAACUACUUAUUUCCUGUCUGGCUUGAUUCUAUUUCAAAUCUUCAACCUUGCGCAACUGUUCUACAAUGUCUAUCUUUUUUAUUUGCUUAUAGUGGAUACCACUGGCAAGCGGCUUCCAAGUUUCUGCCCGGAAAAUUAAUCUGGAAUGAGUUGAACCAUCACUAU